AUGACGACGGGCAUGAACGAUUCGCAGUUCAGGGAAACGCUGGACCUGAUCAACAACAACAUCAACGACGACGACAACGAGUUGUGGGUGGCCAUCGCCGCUCUUGUCAUCUCUCUUAUUGCUUUACUUGCUUCGUUAUUACAAGUUGCUCAGCAAUACUACGCCUCGGCGGCCGGAUACUCAAGUUGCGACGACAAAGCGAUAGGGCUGUGGGAACAAGGAAGGAGAAGAGUGCUCAAGCCUUACGAGUUCCGAUUCGAGGUUCAAUUUGAGGCGCCCGUCAUCUUUCUUUGCCGCCCCGGCAACGAGAACGGCCCUGUCAAAAAACAGCCGAUUUUGUUCAUCGACGGAUCUCAAAAGAGCCUCGAGGAGACAUGGACAUCGCUAGGAGCAGCCCAGCCUAGCACCGAGAAGGAAAUCAAACGUGCGGUACACACGGCCGACAACGAGCUGGCCUCUUGGGUUACUCUUCUCUCAGCACUGCAAAGAAUGGAGCACGAGUCUAGAGAAUGGCAAAAGCAGAAGUAUGACAACGAGACAAAACAGCAGCCGCCUCCGAAAGCCGACGCUCCUAUCAAUGCGCUUGAGAAUAUCGACGGAAUACUCGACUCGGUGACUGCUAGUUACAGUUUGACUGUAGCACUACAGAAGAAGCUUAAGAGCUGGGACACGAUGCCAUCCAGCAUCAAGAAGCCUUAUGCUACUACAACCUGGUGCCACAUCGUAGAGAUGAUUGCGUUGCUUGGUAUCUACUGGGUUGAGUUUGACCGGACGAAUGACAGGUACCGAGCUGAAGGUAACGGGUACACCGUCACUGGAUCCAAGGUCAGCGAGCUGGGCAUCAUGUUCACUUUCCAGGUACAUGGACGCAACCGCUUCGAGUCCAAUCGCGUAAUUCCUGUCGACGAGGUCAAGGAGCUUUGCUUCGGCUUUGUUCCAACGAUUUACAAGUCAAAAUCAGACGAUCGACGUCUCAAUCUUCCUAUUGGGGAAUCCCGGGACUUGUCUAACUUGAACUUUGCGACCAUGGACGAGAUCGCAGAAACUCUGGUGUUGAUCGGCUGCAACACGAAUACAGUCAGAUACUUCUCUGACAACAAGACGACAACGAAGCUUGGUCAUCUUUUCCCAGUUGCAUUCGAGAUUGUUGGCAUGCUUGGACAAACUCUUCAUAUUGACAGAAGUGUGUUCCGUUUGCUUCCGAAUCCAACUCUUUUCAAAUGGGAUACGAAGAACUUUGAUCUGCCGAGGCUGCUCGAUGCAUAUGCCUACCAGCUUAAGAAGCUCUACGGCGGAAAGAGGAACCCCAGCGAUGAGGCGAGGCAAAUCUGGAGGCAUAUCAAGAUUUUGCAGAAGGAAAUCAAGCCAGCGCCGGCGAAUCGACGCGCCGAACUGAGCUUGCCGCUCAUGAGCGCCCUACAUGCUGCACUCGACGACACUGACGAUAUCCUGACAUUCAGGAGGAAAGAGACCCGCCCAACCAUGCACAGGGAAUACACAACCAAGUCCAAACUCAUGCGAUCCAUCUCGGAUAAGCCUGGAAACGUGCUGGGAGACCAUACAGAAUCGGCCUACGAGGUGGAACGACGUGAAAUGGUCCGGUACGUGCUUCGCAGCCAUAUCCAGGAGGUUCUUUCUGGCUUCAAUCCCCAACCUGGCAAACGCACUCAAGACGCCUCCGGCUAUCCUGCAACCACGACCACAAAAACCAAAUCACGCUUUGAGGCCAUUGACGCGGCUCCUCCGGAGCUCAAGCAAGCCAAGCUCAUGGAAGUGUACUUCAAAACGGUGCGGCAAAAGGUCAUAGACGAGUCACAGAAGUCGACGGAUCGGCGAGCGGAGGAGACCAAACCCAAGGCAGCGCCGGCGCCGGCAGGCUACGGUCUCAAGCGUGCGACCACGGCGCGUACAACGCGAACAGUCGCAACAAUCGAGUCUUCGGACGAAGAGUCAGAGGAGGAGAUUGCGUUCGAACACUUGCCUGAGAUUGAAGAUGACAAGGAAGAGAUUGACUUGCUGGAUGAGGACACGUCCCAUGAGACCACCCACGAGGACAUCUGGUGCACGCUCGUGUUCCGGAUGAUUUGCUGGCUCAUGCUUCACGACUUCCACAAGAACGACGUCCAACUGCCCAAGAGUGAGCUUUUUGGCAGUCGGUUGCCUGUGUACAUUGCUUGA